AUGGGCGACAAGAUCGAGGGCCCCGAGCCGACGCCCGAGAACCCGGGCGGCGUGCACCCGCACACGGCCGACAACGUGCCCGACCCCAACCCGCCGCAGCAGGUCGGCGCCUCGAUCGGCCGCAGCAUCGAGAACCCGUAUGCGCUGGGCGAGAAGCUCGACCGCCUCGAGGCGGCGCUCGACGACGUCGUCGCCAUGUUCGAGGCCGAGCGCGAGACGCUCGCGCGCGAGGGCAGCUUUGAGAAGGGCAAGGAGGGCAUCCAGCUCUUCAAGUCGUGGAAGCUCGAGCUCGAGAAGAUCAAGGCCGGCAAGCGCUGA